ACCUGUGGAGCUCGGCGCGCGGUGAAGAGCCGGAGCGGGAACCCGAGCAAGAUGCCGCCUGUGAUCUGCCCCAACAGCCCUGGGACAACGACCAUCGAUUCACUGGAGAAUGCGGGCAGACUGAUCGACAAACACCUGUUGGAUGAUCGUCUCUACCCGGAUCUGGCCGAGCUGCUCAAUGUCCCCAGUUUCAACAAUCCAUCUGUGUCUGGGAUGGCUGACAUGGAUUAUCCUCUCCAAGGACCUGGACUGCUGUCGCUCCCCAGCCUCCCAGAAAUCAGCCCUAUUCGGAGAGUCCCCCUGCCCCCAGAAUUGGUGGAACAGUUUGGACAUAUGCAAUGCAAUUGUAUGAUGGGGGUUUUCCCUGAAAUUGGCAAGGCCUGGCUCACUAUUGAUAGUGACAUCUUCAUGUGGAAUUAUGAGGAUGGGGGUGAUUUAGCUUAUUUUGAUGGACUGAGUGAAACGAUUCUUUCGGUGGGACUAGUAAAACCCAAAAGAGGCAUAUUCCAGCCUCACAUCCGCCAGCUACUUGUACUGACCACUCCUGUUGACAUUGUGAUUCUUGGCGUCAGCUUCACCAAUUCUCAGACAGGGCUGGGAAUCCUAAGUGACAACAUAUGUGGAGGGAUGCAACUCCUGCCAGAUCCUCUAUACUCCAUUCCCACAGACAAUACCUAUCUGCUGGCAAUCACUGCCACAGAUACUGGCCGUAUAUUCCUGGCUGGAAAAGAUGGUUGUCUGUAUGAGGUUGCCUAUCAGGCUGAGGCUGGCUGGUUUAGCCAGCGAUGUAGGAAGAUAAAUCACUCAAAGAGUUCUCUUUCCUUCCUUGUUCCCUCAUUUCUGCAGUUCACCUUCUCUGAAGAUGAUCCAAUUGUUCAGAUUGCCAUUGACAACUCGAGGAGCAUCUUGUACACACGCUCAGAAAAGGGUGUGCUACAGGUGUAUGACUUGGGUACUGAUGGCCAGGGAAUGGGCAGAGUGGCUUCCUUAUCCCAGAAUUCCAUAGUCGCUGCAGCAGGUAACAUAGCCCGAACCAUAGAUCGAGCUGUGUUCAAACCGAUUGUUCACAUAGCAGUUAUUGAGAGCUCAGAGUCCGUGGAUUGCCACCUGCUUGCUGUGACACAUGCAGGUGUUCGACUGUAUUUCAGCACUAUGCCCUUCAAGCACCCAGGUGUACGGCCCAGUGUGCUGGUGCUUGUACAUGUCCGUCUGCCUCCAGGAUUUUCUGCCUCAGCUACCCCUCAGAGGCCCUCCAAAGUUCACAAAGCUCUUUACACCAAAGGUAUUCUGCUGCUGGCUGCCUCUGAGAAUGAUGACAAUGAUGUCCUCUGGUGUAUUAAUCAUGACUCCUUUCCAUUCCAGAGACCCCUUAUGGAAGUACAGAUGACAGCAAACAUUGAUGGUCACUCAUGGGCUCUGUCUUCCAUUGACCACUCCCAGCUUCAAAAGAUCGUUACUCCACUCAACAAAGAUCGUGUCCCCCUCACCGACCCACCAGUUGUAAUAGUCCAGCAUUUGGCACCUCCCAAAAGAUUUAUCCUGCUCACAGCACAGGGCAGCCAUUUUUUCCAGAAACUACGUCCUGUGGACCAACUGCGUCAUCUCCUUGUAAGCAACGCAGGUGGAGAGGGCGAGGAUAUUGAGCGAUUCUUCAAACUCCAUCGGGAGGAACAGGCAUGUGCUUCAUGUCUCAUUCUUGCCUGUUCAACAGCAGCAAAUGAUCGGGAAGUCUCAGCCUGGGCAACUCGUGCUUUUUUCAGGUAUGGUGGAGAAGCACAAAUGCGGUUUCCUGCAGCCAUUCAGCAGCCAGUGAACGUGGGGCCCACCUUCAGCACUCCACACCCAGUGCCCUUGAUGCCUUAUGGUAGCCCCUUCUCCAGUCCCAGUAUGUCGGCUAUUCCAGUCUCAGGUUUGAAGCCUGUUGGCAUGUCAACGCCUCUGUUCUCCCCUGGAAGUCCUGGAGUGUAUGGCGGGGCCCCUCUGCCUCCAGUCACGACAAUGUCUGGACCAGAGGUGGUCUUUUCUGGAAAGCAUAACGGCAUCUGCAUCUAUUUUACCAGGAUCCUGGGGAAUAUCUGGGACAGCAGUAUAGCAGUGGAAGAGACUGUCCCUCAUUUAAGGCAACAGACAGUACUGUUUGAGAGCAGUGUUGCUGCAAAAUGUCUGGCGAGCAUUCUGCUUGAACUCAAUGGAUUGCGGGAAUUCCUUGAUAGAAACUCCCAGUUUGGAUCUGGAACUCUGGGAAAUGCAAGUUUUAGUGCUUCCAAUGUACCACAGCGGCUGCUGGGUUUCAUACGUCCUGAUGGAGGUUCACAGCAAGUUCAACAGGAGUUACAAAGGAAAUACCACACCGAAGCACAGGCUUAUGAGAAGCUGUCACUGCAGGGUAUACAGCAGCUGAUCCAUUACACCUGUCAGACUCUAACUCUUUGGAAGAUGCUCUGCGAUCACCAGUUUGGCGUAAUCAUUGCAGAUUUACAGAAGGAGCUCCAGGAACAGUUGAAAUCAACUCCAUUCCGGGACUUGGUUAUCCGAGGGAAGGAGUUAUGUGGGGCACUCAUUACUUCACUCAUUAACCGAUACAUUGGGGACAAUGCCUCGGUAGAUGCCAUCAGUAAACACCUGAGGGACACUUGCCCCCUGCUCUACAGCAACGACGAUGCAGUCUGUUCCAAGGCAAAUGAGCUGUUGCAGAGUGCACGACAGGUUCAGAACAAAGCAGAGAAAGAGAAAGCAUUAAGAGAGUCACUGUGCCUGUAUCAGGAGAUCGGGCACCAAGUUGACCUUCCCAGUGUCUGUGCACAGUUCAGACAAGUGCGUUGCUAUGAGGCUGUGGCUGAGUUGAGCCUCUCUGCUGCUGAUAAGAAGGAUCCACAGGGACUGGGUCUUCAUUAUUAUAAGAAUGGAGAGCCAGAGGAGGAUCCAGUGGGACAGCAAGCCUUCCAGGAGAGGCUGAACUGUUAUAAAUGUAUCUCGGACACACUGCAAGAACUGGUGAACCAGAGUAAAGCUGCUCCACAGUCUCCCAGUGUCCCCAAGCUCCCAGGUCCUCCAGUCCUGUCAUCUGACCCCAACAUGUUGAGUAAUGAAGAGGCAACACAGCAUUUUGAGCAAAUGUUGAAGCUUGCUCAGAGGUCAACAGACGAACUGUUCAACAUCGCUUUAUUUAAUUGGCUGAUCCAGGCUGACCUGAUGGACAAGCUGCUGGAGGUUAAUUCUCCAUUUCUUGAGCCAUAUUUGGUCCGAAUGGCAAAGCAAGAUCAGAACAAAGUUCGUUACAUGGACUUGCUUUGGAGAUAUUAUGAGAAGAACCGCAAUUUCAGCAAUGCUGCAAGAAUUCUAGCUCGCCUUGCAGACAUGCACAGCACCGAGAUCUCACUACAGCAAAGGAUUGAGUACAUAUCCCGGGCCAUUCUCAGUGCAAAAAGCUCCACUGCAACAUCGUCACAGGCUGCUGAUGGCGAGUUUUUACACGAGCUCGAGGAGAAAAUGGAGGUAGCCAGGAUCCAGCUGCAGAUUCAGGACACUUUAACACGCAAUUAUUCUCAACAUCCUUCUGUGCAGGAAGCAAUCUCGCAACUUGAUGUGGAGCUCAUGGAUAUCACCAAGUUGUAUGGAGAGUUUGCUGACCAUUUCCGUCUCUCGGAGUGUAAGCUGGCUAUCAUCCAUUGUGCAGGUCACUCAGACACCAUCCUUGUGCAAACCCUUUGGCAAGAAAUAAUUGAGAAAGAAUUGGCUGACAGCAGAUUGAUGAGUUGCAUGGAUCGGAUGCAAACCCUGAGUAUGAAGCUUGUGUCUUUGGGGAAACUUUAUGCAGGGACUCCUCGCUAUUUUCCAUUGGAGUUUUUGGUUCAGUACCUGGAACAGCAGUCCUGCGUGCUCAACUGGGACACUGGUUUUGUCACCUUCACCAUGCAAGAGAUUGGAAUAACUUUACCCAGACUGCUUCAGGUGUAUAAUCAGCUCUUCAAAACACGGGAUCCUUACUGGCAGCGGGUCAAAAAGCCUCUUCAUUUGCUCGAGUGCAUUCAUGUCCUUCUCAGUGCCUAUGUGCAGGAACCCAAUAAAGUUCCAGCCCAUGAGAGACGGCAAUUCACCAAUAGUUGCUUGGAUGCAGUCGGCCGGUUCCUUGUUGAACUUCAGUCUAUGAGCCCAACCAGUACCUUACAGGCAACAAUUGGAAAUUUCAAAUCAUUGCAGGCUAAACUGGACCGCCUCCAUUGAUCCUUUCCCUUCACAUACAUACAUAUGUCCCCAUACAAUUAUAUUUCAGUUUGCUGUGCUUAUUCCUUAGGUCCUCACUGUCAUCUAAUACGUGUUUUGCCUUCAAAUUAAUUUCUGUUUCCCUUCUAGAAGUUGAAGUGUUCAGUCUGAACAUGUUGAUCACAGUCAGCUGGACUCUGAUAUUGAGCAGUUUAUCUGGAAUAACACAGCUUAAUUACAGGGACUUAAUGAGCCCUCCUGUUUCAGGGCUAUUAUUGAGAAUUCCUUGCAAAGAAGAAAUUCACCUUGUUACAUAAAACCAACCUUGUUGCAUUUAAGAUACUGCACCAGGGAGAAUGUCCUUUUCAAUACACUUGUUUUUAUGUAUUUGAUACACAAAUUAUUUCAUUAUUUUAAUGUAAAGUACUUUGCAGAUGAGAAACUGAAUAAAGGUAUAAUUGGAUUA